AUGGACCCAUCCUCGAUCUCUUCACCUUCAGCUCCGGCUACCAACGCCGUCCCGUUCGCCGUCGAACCAAAUAACCACCUUCCAUCUCCGUCUUCAAACCACCCACCCUAUGCUGAGAUGAUUUACACAGCUAUUGAAGCUUUGAAGGAGAAGAAUGGUUCAAGCAAAAGAGCAAUCUCUAAGUACAUAGAACAAGUUUACCGUCACCAGCUUCCACCGCCGGAAUCACACUCCAACUUGUUGACUCAUCACUUGAAGCGUUUGAAAUCCGAUGGAUUACUUCAAACUAUCAAAAAUUCCUAUAUUAUCCCUAGAUCUAUUCCUCCACCUGCUUCAACUGAACCACCGUCAACCGCUUCACCUUCUCAGCCUUCAAAACCCCGUGGCCGUCCAAGGAAAUCCGUAACCCCAAGCCCAGCACAAGCCCAACCUCAAGAUAACUUUAUUCCUCAGCCGCUUCCUCUUGUUGUUGCUAAUAAUGACAACAAUAACGCUCCGUUGCAGAAUGCUGAGCCUGUUUGGGCUGCACUUGGCCUUUCUGAUGAUGCGAUCGAUGUUCAAGCUGCUGCUGCUACUCCUGAGGGGACUAAAAGACGUCCGGGACGUCCGCCUGGUUCGAAGAAUGUAUCUGGGUUGAAGAAUGCAACGGCACCAAGCCCUAGCCAAAACCCUACACCGAUUGAAGGGCAGGUUCCACCAACGCCAGCCUCUCGUGGAAGAGGACGUCCUCCCGGCUCUAAAUCUAAAUCAAAGAGGAAACCCGGACGACCUCCGAAGGUGAAUCCUGAUACUCCAACUCCAGCUGUUGCUUCUGAUGGCACUAAGAGACGACCUGGACGUCCACCGAAGAAUCAGCAGCAGAAUCCGACUCCGAUACCGUUUGCUACUACUCUUCCUGAAACUGAAGUGCCUCAGCCUCAAGUUGCAGUUCCUGAGGUGGCUGUUUUGACUCCGAGAUCUAGAGGACGACCAAGGAAGAAUCCUGCUGUUGCUGCUGUUCCGGUUGCUGUGGUUGCUGGUGGAGGCAGAGGACGCGGGCGAGGUCGUGGGGGAAGAGGACGUCCUGGCCGUAUAGGACAUGCAUUUGGAGGGAUUACUCUGCGGGCUCCAGGAAAAAGGCCUGUGGGUCGUCCAAAGAAGGGAACAGCACCUGCUACUGCCAGUGCUUCACAAAAUGCUGCUAAUGAAGUUGAUCUCAGAAGGAAACUCGAACACUUUCAAGGAAAAAUAAAAGAAUCUCUCGCUGUUAUCAAACCACAUUUUGACCAUGAAAGUCCAGUCACUGCACUUGCGGCAAUUCAGGAGUUAGAAAUUCUCGGAGCCAUGGAUCUUAAUGAACCACUCAAUGAAGAACCGCUUCCAUCACAGCCGAACGUGCCAGCACAAGAUCAGCCACAACAAUCGGUGGCACAGCCUCAGGUAUUUGCACAAUAUCCCCCGUUUCAUACGCAGGAUCGCCAUAACCAGCAACAGCAGUCACAAUAUCAGUAUCAUCCUUAG